CGACCCGCCGCAGAUGCCUCAGCGCCGCGCGGGGCAGGGACGGAGCCGGAGCCGCGCUCGCCCGCAGCGGGGACCCGGCGCCUGGGCGCGCUUCACCGCGGCCGCGGCCCGCGGCGGAUUUGUGGAUUGACUCUGGCCGCUGCUGCGUCUCUGCUGGGUUUCGCUGCUUGGCUGCUGCCGCCGUCCCCCCUCGCCGCGGCGGCGAGGAAGUGCCGCGCCGCCCCGCCGGGAUUCCGCGCCGCAGCCGUGGCCGGGCGCCGCGGGCGGGCAGCCGCCGCCGCCGCCGCGCCGCCGAGAGACCUUAAAGAAGUCCAAAAAGAGCGUGAAGUCAAACGGCAAGGUGCCAGCAUGCUAUGAGAUAGUGCCCCUGGCCCUCAAGAAGAAGAUGGCUGCGGAACUUUACCCUGCCAGCGCCAACACCAAUAUCGCGAACAGCAACGCCGCCGCCGCCACCGCUGCCAACAGCAAGAAGAACGCGCUGCAGCUCCAGCAGAGCGCCCAGCCGCCCCCGCCGCCCCAGCUCCAAAACCUCAACAACAACAACUUGGAGAGCGCCAACUGGCAGUCCUUCCACCCCACGCUGCGCGAGAGGAACGCACUGAUGUUCAAUAACGAGCUCAUGGCUGACGUUCACUUCAUCGUGGGCCCGCCAGGGGCAUCCAAGAAAGUUCCUGCCCAUAAGUAUGUCUUGGCAGUUGGUAGCUCUGUCUUCUACGCUAUGUUUUACGGUGAUCUUGCAGAGGUCAAAUCUGAAAUCCAUAUACCAGAUGUGGAACCUGCAGCCUUUCUAAUCCUAUUAAAAUACAUGUAUAGUGAUGAGAUUGACCUGGAAGCUGACACUGUUCUGGCUACCCUGUACGCUGCCAAGAAGUACAUCGUGCCGGCCCUAGCAAAGGCUUGCGUCAAUUUUCUGGAGACGAGCUUAGAGGCGAAGAACGCUUGUGUGCUGCUGUCUCAGAGCAGGCUCUUUGAGGAGCCAGAACUGACGCAGCGCUGCUGGGAAGUGAUUGAUGCUCAAGCAGAAAUGGCACUGAAGUCAGAAGGCUUUUGCGAAAUAGAUCAGCAGACACUAGAGAUCAUUGUAACCCGGGAGGCGCUCAACACCAAGGAGGUGGUGGUUUUUGAAGCUGUUCUCAACUGGGCAGAGGCUGAAUGCAAAAGGCAAGGGUUGCCGGUUACGCCGCGGAACAAGAGGAAUGUACUGGGAAAAGCUCUGUACUUGGUGCGGAUUCCGACUAUGACUUUGGAAGAGUUUGCCAACGGAGCUGCCCAAUCUGACAUCCUUACUCUAGAGGAAACUCACAAUAUAUUCCUAUGGUACACAGCUGCAAAUAAACCCAAACUGGAGUUUCCGCUGACCAAAAGGAAAGGACUUGUACCUCAGCGAUGCCACCGCUUUCAGUCAUCCGCGUAUCGCAGUAACCAGUGGAGGUACAGAGGGCGGUGUGACAGUAUUCAGUUUGCCGUAGACAAACGGAUAUUUAUAGCGGGACUGGGUUUGUAUGGGUCAAGCUGUGGCAAGGCUGAAUACAGUGUCAAAAUUGAACUGAAACGCUUAGGAGUGGUCCUUGCUCAAAAUCUGACAAAGUUUACCUCUGAUGGAUCCAGUAACACUUUCUCUGUAUGGUUUGAACACCCCGUGCAGGUCGAGCAAGAUACUUUUUACAAUGUAAGUGCUAUUCUCGAUGGCAAUGAACUCAGUUACUUUGGGCAAGAGGGAAUGACCGAAGUGCAGUGUGGCAAAGUGACGUUCCAGUUCCAGUGCUCCUCGGACAGUACUAAUGGGACUGGAGUACAAGGAGGACAAAUACCUGAGCUCAUCUUCUAUGCAUGAUGCAUUUCAUUUUGAUUGUUUUCCAAUACUGCUAUGCACACACUAAGGGAUUUUUCAGUUUUACUACAGAACUCCACAGCAGUAUGGAAUGUUAUGCUACUUACCUAUCUACUACAUCAGGCUAUCAAAUAAGUGAAGGAAUGCUCUUUAAACUUAAUCUUAUUUUAUUUAUUCAUAAGCUAUUUGACUUAAUUAAGACUGCAACAAGCAGAAAAAAAUGUUAAAUUCUGCACGUACUGUGCAUUUAUUUUGUAUAUAGAUAACUAACUUGCAGACUGCAGCUGACUUAAACAGAAUGUUCUAAACUAGAGCAGUUUAUGAAUCUGUGAAAUAUAAAACAUUUUUACUUGCCCUAAA